AGUAACCAGAGAUGGGGCUCGUACGGGGCCAUCCUCACCGACAUCAACGCACGAUUUUAAUUACCGCAUUUCAGCAUGGGCAUUUCAGCAUGGGGCGCGACGGGAUUAAAUCGGUGGAGGUAUUCCAAAGGGAUUUACUCUCUCGUGGAUGCGCUCGAAUAAUUGUAGUAAAGCGCUGAGAGACGAAGAAGAGAAGCGAGAAAUAACGCAAACAAACGGAAAAAACACUCGGAAAACUAAGCUACUACUGUUAGUGUGUGAUCGAGGGGUUGGACGAGAAGGGAAAGAUAAAAUGAAGACACCACAUUACGUACCCUCGGUGGAAUAUUAUUGUAGGUGAAACGAAAAAAUGACAGAGGAAACACACCCAGACGAUGACAGCUACAUUGUCCGCGUCAAAGCGGUGGUCAUGACCCGGGACGACUCGAGUGGCGGCUGGCUGGCCCAGGACGGAGGAUGCCUCAGCCGUGUGGGCGUGUGCAAGGUGCUGUCGGCCGAGCUGCUGGGCCGAAGCAGCUUCCUCAUCCACGGCGAGCGCCUCAAAGACAAACAGGUGAUUUUGGAAUGCUUCCUGAAGAAGGAUCUGGUGUACACCAAGGCCACACCCACAUUUCACCACUGGAAAGUGGACAACAAGAAGUGUGGCCUGACGUUCCAGAGCCCGGCCGAUGCACGCGCCUUCGACCGUGGGGUCAGGAAAGCCAUGGAGGACCUGACGGAAGGAUCUACCACCUCUUCUUUGACCAUCCAGAACGAGGCCGAGUUGGGUGACGACGAUGUUUUCACCAAUGCCACCGACAGCUCAUCCAACUCCUCCCACUCCCAGAAGAAGGAGCCCCUGCAGACCCUGGCCCCGCCCAGCUUCUGCGAGCCGCGUCGGCACCACUGCAUCCUGGGUCACUUCUACGACCAGCACCGACACUCGGACCACUACUUCCUGGAUCAGGUGGGUGGCUGGGGGACGACGGUGGCGAAGUCGGUUCCCGUGUUCCCACGCCACGUCAGCUUCCAGGUGGAGGAAGAGGAGGAGAUUGUGCGCAUCAACCCUCGCGAGCGGACCUGGCUGACCGGGUACGAGGACUACCGGCACGCCACCGCCGCGCGCGACAAGCUCAUCCAGCACCCAGAGGACGCCGACGCCUACGUGCAUUUCGCCAAGAGCGAGCCGCCCAAGCACGACUACACCUACCCUUACCCCCUGGGCCUUGAUCCAUACCAGCACACAAGGGACCCCAAGAUAGGCUGCGUGGACCGACUAGGUGGGGGUGGCCUUAUCGGGGGACACAGGGCAGUGGUCACAGCCCAGCCCCGCACUCUCCAGCUCAAGGGCAAGCGGCGGAAGGAAGACGGCGAGCGCUCGCGCUGCGUCUACUGCCGGGACAUGUUCAACCACGAGGAGAACAGGCGCGGGCGGUGCCAGGAGGCGCCGGACCCCAUCCAGACGUGCAUCCACCGGGUCAGCUUCAUGUGGUGCGCGGACAGCCUGCUCUACCACUGCAUGUCGGACCCAGAGGGCGACUAUUCGGACCCGUGCUCGUGCGACACCAGCGACGAGCGCUUCUGCCUGCGCUGGCUGGCCCUGGUUGGGCUGUCGCUGCUGGCCCCCUGCAUGUGCUGCUACGCCCCCCUGCGCACCUGCUACCGCUGCGGGGUGGCUUGCCACUGCUGCGGGGGCAAGCACAAAGCCGUGGGCUGAGGGCCGGGAGGUGCCAACGGAGAGAGAGAGAGUGGAGAGUAGAACAGAGACACAUGGAAGGGACUGGACCAGAAGUGGGUGGCCUCGCUAUUCUUUUGUUUUGUGUUUUUGUUUUCGCUGUUGCUUCUCUCGGCCAAAUUCCAGAUGGGAAAACAAUUGGCUUGUCCCGAUUUAUUUUGGAAAUGGAAGUUUCUCUCGGUGGAAAGAAAGAGAAAAAAUACGUUUCCAAUUGUUUUUAUUUUUGUUCGUUUUUUUAUUUUUAUAGGGGUACCCUGCCUACGGCUUCCACGUCCUUGCAUUACAAAGACUAAAAUAAUGAAUAUUCAUUUAUAUAUAAAUAUAUAUAAACAGGUACUUUAUAUUUUUACACUCAUGUGUUUUAAAGACUUGAAUAUUUUUCUUUUUCUCAGUGUUUUGUGUGAGGUCAGUGUGAGCGUUGUUUUCUGAGGGGGGCUCUCACUGUGUUCCCCUCGCCAUGGCUCACCAUCAAUCACAGAUCAAGCUGGUUCCCGCCUGUAAGGCAGAGGCACUUAAAUCAAAGGUGUGUCCUAAAUGGUACCUUAUUCCUUAUAAAGUGCACUACUUUUGAUCAUAGCCCAAUGGGCCCUAUUCUAAUGUAGUGCAAUAUAUAGGUAAUAGAGUGCCAUGUGGGAUGCAGCCCAACUGUGAUCACGUCUGCCCCUCCCCAGCCAAUGAAAUUCAAGAAAAGGCAAACGUUUAACCGGUGUUUCCUCGUUCUGCUCCUUGACUACUCCUGACCUAGCCUGGUCCCAGAGCUGUGCUGUUUUGUCAACUCCUAUGGUUGUCCAUGGCUAUAGGAGUUGACUAUACAGCACAAUUAGACCUGUGGCCAGGAAGGUACCUGACUAUACACAUUUUAUAACCAAAUUCAACCCAAUAUCAAUUCAUGUCAGUGGAGACACACCUGGAAAAAACAUGAAAGUACCAUUCUACUGCUCGGUCAAGUUAGACUGAAUGUAUUGUGGAUUCGGCCCAGAACAAAAGAUAAAAUGGGUCAGGGGUACUUGAGUAUUGGAUGGGGAAACUCGGCUUUAGACACUUAAUCUGUGUGUGUGUGUCUUCCUUUGUGCAAAGGUCUGGAAAAUGGAAUGGGCAGCAAUGUAUCCCUGAUUGCUAUUGUUGUGACUUCAACUGAAAGCCAAAAUGACAAAAUAAGCUGCAGCAUUUAUAUAGAGUAUCUAAAUUAGUCAUUUUUUGAAGAUAAUAAUCCUCAAUCAACCGUUUUAUUACAGUGGAGGAGGAGAACUCGAGCCUUAGGUGACUUUUUAUUCAGUUGAUGCUUGAUGUUGAUCUUUUGAUAUAGUUUUUAUUUAUUUGCCUUGCUAAAUUUAGACACCAGCCUAGGGGACUGGGGGGUUAAGAGGAAGGGAACGGUCCUAUUGUAAACUGAACACAGCCAAGAGGGGAAGAGGAGGUUUUUUUUGCCACCUUUUGAGAUGGAUAAUGUCGUUGUCCACUACAAUGUCAAUGGUGCUUUCUUUAGUGUGUCUUUUCUUUUGUCUUUCAAAAGGACACUCAACGAGGCUAACUGUCAGGGAAACUCUGUCUUUAGAGUUUCCCUCAACUUUAGCUCGAGAGAAAGUACUGUUUUGAUCUGGUUGCUCAUACCCCCUUCAAGGGUAUAAGAUUGUGGGUUCUCCAACGAAGGGACCUGCUAGCACACCUGAUUCACCUAAUCGUGUUCCUCAGUCUAUACCACGAUUAGCUGAUACGGGUGCGUUACUGCAGGGCUGGAACGAAAGGCUGCACACCCAGGAGCUCUCCAAGACCAGAGUUGUGGAGAAGGGUUUUUAUCUAUUGUUCUGUAGUCCAAUAAAUCCCAUCUUUUACUCAGUAUUACGUUACAGCCAAUGGCAAGGGAGGAGGCUGUCUGUCAGCCAAUCACAUCGGUCAGGUGGUGUCAAAAUGUAUACAAAAAUAAAAUGGACGCUACAGUAUGUAUGUAUGUAUUGAAACAAAAACUAGCCUCAAAUUUAAACCACCCUGUAACCUCACCUCGUGGGAGGAACAUUGUUUGAUCCUUCUCUGUAUGAAGCACAACACUAAUCAGAAAAACCUUAUGAACAAAAUGCGCAAAUUGCUGUGAAGUACCCGAUCUCGAGUCGCAACAAUGUGGUAGAAAAGACAUCUUAUGCUAUCUAUCCCAGUCAUACAUUAACUAAUCGUCAUAACCAUUCAAGUACCAAGCAAUGUCUGGGGUUAAAUGGGUGAAGGUACCAUGGCAUUGCGGAUUCUGUACAAAAGCUGUCGUUGUGUCCAUGUCUUUCUCUGUACUCUCUCUCUCUGCCUUUCUUCCUUCCUUUUUUUUCUGCUGUGUGUUCCUGUUUGUCAGCUUUGCAAUACUGUUGCCAUUCAUUGUAGAGAAGAUCCUAGUUUUAUUUUUCUAUCUGUGGUAAAAGAAAAGUUAACCAAAAGCAGUUUGUCUGUUUUGGUGCGGUGUCUAAUUCCUGCACACAUUUAACUAUUAAAGGAAAGUGCCUGAAGCAUCCUCUUCAUCUAUCUCAUAUAUAUAUAUAUAUAUAUAUACUUAGUCUUUUUUUAUUUUAAUGUUAAAAAAAAAAAAAAAAGUUAAAUCGAUUGUCUUUUUUCUUUUUUUACAAUCUGCAUUUUUACCUCUGUAAAAAAAAAAAGCUCAAAUAUAUAUAUCAAGUGUAUGAUGUACAUUUUAAGUUAUAUUUUUGUAUUGUUUCUAAUAUGAUCGUCACGACUCUUUGCUUUUAAAAUGAGAAAAGAGAAAUUAACAUCUGUAUAAAUGCCAAUACAUCAUAUGGAAACUAACAGAA